GUGCUGCAUUUUUAGCUGGAUAAAUGCCACAUCAUGGCAACUUGCCCUAUGGGUUGACCUUAAAGAUUAAUACUGAUUAAUGCAUUCUGAGCAUCCAGUCACAGUUGCAGCCCAAACAAAAUGAAACUGAGUGCUUCUUCAUCUAAUAAUAGAAGGAGUGUUUGUCAGUGUUGUUCUGGCAUAGUGGCUAACAAGAAGGAUGCAGAACAGGAUGACGGUGGUUGUGAUAUCUGUUCAGGGAUGAUGGGAAAUCUCAUCUCGGAGGGUCUGGUGAAUGUGUAGUCCCUCAGUGAAUGAAUGCAUCAAGCUAACAGUGUCUGUUAAUUGUGUUGUACCGUAUGUGUAUGUACCAUACAGUGAUGCAAAAAUCAGCAUUGACAAAGGCACAUACUGGAAAGGUGUUUACUGAUCAUACAAACAAAUGUCGCAUGUGCUUUCACGUCUGUGCACAAGCUUACAAAAACAAUUAUACACACAAACAAAUGGCACUGAAAGACACACGCAAUUAAUGAUGUAGCCCUUGGCGCACUCUCAGAGGUUGUCAGUCAAACACAGGCUUAUCUCUGAUCUAGAAAGCAGUAACAGGCAUUCACUCAUUCUCUGGCCUGAUUAACAAGGUUAGAGUUUGAAAGAUAUGGCUGGACUGCGAUCAGUUUCGUCUUUGUUUGUAGAAAAGUCGAUCCAGGUCCUUUUAGGAUGUCGAGUAAUUUGCAGUGUACUUGAAGGGAUUUUGCUGUUAGUGUUUAUUUUUAAAGGGCUCCAGUAAAUGAGCAAAGUGACUGACAGAGAGAAACUAAGGAAGGGGGAGAGGGAUAAUCAUGAGCAAAUGAGAAAAAGAAAACAGGGACGGAUGUUAUGCAGACAGAGGCAGCGGCACUUUGCUGUUUUCAAAUAAAGCCAGCAUACUUGCACAGCCUUAAUUGGAUUAAACAAAGAGCUUUGCCAAAAAGCAGAACCUGGCACAUUUUAAUAACAAAGGAUGGAACUGAGAAUGCACUUAAUAAAGAGACGUAAAUAAAGAAAGUGGAAAUAUGAAAACAGAAUUUGGUUGAAAAAAAAGAAAAGGCAAUGUGGAGAGAACUGCUCUUCUCUCAUUCUCAAGGGAAGAGCUAUUUCAAGCAGAGAUGACACAUCCGUUUACCUUCAGCUUGAUUUAUUUUGUGGCUUUUAUGCACAUUAAUAUUUCACUCACAUGCAUUCUGAAUGAGGAAGGGCAAGAUGGCAAGAACAUCUCUCGGGCUGAGAGUAUGCCACAAGGAUGGCAAUACAGACGUGCGCUGUAACUAACAGGCUCCUCUUUUCCUUUCUUGGCCGCCAUGAAAACACCGCGGUGCACUGUGCUUGUGUGUGUAUGUGUGUGUAGACAGAAGAAAGUGAGCAUGCCAAAGACCAGCCUAAUCAACCAGACUGCCUCCUCAGCAGAAUGGAUGGAUGAGGUCAGGACAGUUCACAUUUGGAGGAAGAAAAGAGAACGAUCCACCAUCAGGGCCUGACAGAAAGACAAAUAGAAACCACCCCCCACCUUCCCUCCUCUCUUUCACUUCAUGCCUUUCCAUCACUCUCUUCUCACCCCCUCCGUCUUGAGAAAAAAAAAGUUUAGGAAAGUAAACAGGACAGUGAGAGUUAAGAGACGAAGACUGCGGGGAAAGGAGAAUGGAGAAAGGCGGAGAACAGUGACUUAAAAGGAUCAGCUCCAGGAUGGACUGACUGACCUCAGGCUGAAGCCAGCAGAGAGAGGUAAAAUAAGAGAGGGAGAGUGUGUGUGUGUGUGCAUGUGUGUGGCUCUGACAGCGGAAAGCCACUCCCAUUGUGUACCGCUGUGUGCGUGUGCACGUCUAAUGAAACAGUCACAACACUGCUGCUGCCUCACCAUGUCAUGAGAGAGAGAGAGAGAGAGAGAGAGAGAGAGACUUACUCUGGAUGUAGGAAUUUUGCUCAGAGCUCUCAGUGACAGCCGGACAGCAGAGAGGAAACAGAACAAUAAAGCAAGAAGCAUCUGAUAACCGCUUCCUCUACAGCACGUGUGUGGUAAUCGCGUGCACGACCAGUUCAGGACGUCUGCCCGGGACUGUGUUUGCUCUCUGAUGGAUUAGUGCAUAUUGCGUGUGUGUGUGUGUGUGUGUGUGUGUGUGUGUGUGUGUGGAGAGAUAGACGAGUGGAGCUGAUCUCUGUGAACAGACGUAGCCAUGGGGAACCACGCAGGCAGAGCAGAGGAGCCAGAGUCAGACCUCGCUGUCUCUUACUUUCCCAAAGAAUAUUGUGCAGGUAUCCAAUCAACCAAAAAGUCAGGAAUACCUGCUCCACGGGAUAUCCCCCAGACCAUUUCCAGAGACCGCACUCCACUAAGAGACCAGCUAAGGACCCCAUCUACCAAAAAGAUGAUCCCCAGCGCUAGUACCUCCAGCCUGUCUGCGCUUGCAAAGCAUUCCCGCAGUUCUGUCAAGUCAAAGGUAGAAGCCGAGAAUGCAGACAGGGCCCUUCUGGAGUGUCAGGUUAAAGAACUGCUAGCUGAGGCCAAGGCCAAAGAAUUUGAGAUAAGCAAGUUACGGAUGGAGCUUCAAAGGUGCAGAGGGAAAGGCUCUCCACAAGAGGCUGGCACACCAGAUGGGACAUCAGAACGGGAACAAACUGAGGCAAAUUCCACAGAUACGCAAACUUUAGUUGAGGAGAUGAAGGAGAAGAACAGGUGCUUUCAGAAAGAGUUGUCUGCCUUGCAGCAAGAGAAUCAGACUCUAAAGGAAAAACUUAUAUUGUUGGAGAACUCUCCAGUCUCCUGCGGUAACACCAUCACUAAUUCUACAUCAUUAGCAAGUCCAACCAAACCCUCUGUUAAUGGGGUUGUACCAGAGAUUAGCAGCCCCAAAAUGGCAGCAGGUAGUCCAAUUAAAACCUCUGUUUCAUCUGGUAGUGACAUUACCAAAGGGACUCCGUCUCCGGACUCCUCCGAGUUUGAGAAGAUCCCAUCAUGCUCCGAUUCAGUCAGUAGCAUCACCAAGGGCAUUGCACCAAGCCCCAAGGAACAAGAUCUAUCACUGCAGGGUCUCACAGAGCGCAUUCAAAAAAUGGAGGAGAGCCACCACAGCACAGCAGAGGAGCUUCAGGCCACUCUGCAAGAGCUAGCUGACCAGCAGCAGGUCGUUCAGGAGCUCACAGCAGAGAACGAGCGCCUGUCUGAAGAGAAGAGUCUUUUGCAGACCUCCCUCCAGCAGCAGAGGGAGCGUGUGGAGCUCUUGGCACAGAAGAAUGAGACCUUGCUCCAGAGACUCCGAGAGCAAGUCCAAAGUCAGGAAGUGGAGGCCUCCCGCGCGUCCAGGGCUGCAGAACUGGAACAGCGUCUGGCUGAGCAGGUGGAAAGCUCACGCUUUGAGAGGGAGAAACUGGUGGACAUUCAGCAGCAGCUCACAGGGAGUCUAAGAGCUUUGGAAAAAGAGCAUCAGGAGGCCCAGGCGGCUGUGAGAGGCUUAAAAGACGAGCUGGAGAUCCUCCAGCAGCAGCUGGAAAGAGAGAAGGAGGCAGGAGCGGAGGCAACAAGGCUAGCAGUGGAACAGCGUCAAGCUAUGGAGGCUCUGAGGGUGGAGAAUGAGUGCUUGAAGGCCCAGGUGGAGACAGAGAGGCAGAAGGUGUUGGAGCUGAAUGCAGUCCAGAGUGCUAGCAACAGCACAGAGCUGCAGGCCUUACUGAAAGCCGCACACACAGACAGAGACAAACUGGAGCUCAGCUGCACUGAGCUGAAACAGGAACUGCUGCAGGCUCACAAGGACAUCGAGCACAUUCAGGGUUUGCUCAGUAAGGCUGAGGCAGAGCAACAGAAGCAUCAAGAGAGAUUGGAGUCGCAGGAGCAAGAUCACAAAGCUAGCAUGCUUGCUCUGGAGGAGAAGAGCAGAGAUGGCGAGAACCAGAUCAAGGACCUUAAGGAGACGAUUUUUGAGCUGGAGGACCAGGUGGAGCAGCAGCGGGCAGUUCAAUUACACACCAACCAAAUCAUCCUGGACCUAGAGAGUCAAAUCAAGCGGUUGGAGGAACAUAAGUCUGAGCAGGAGAAGCAGUUGAAAGCCAUGAGCAAACAGAUGAAGGACGAGACACAGGAAUGGCGGCGUUUCCAGGCUGACCUGCAGACGGCUGUGGUCGUGGCGAAUGACAUAAAGGUGGAGGCUCAGCAGGAGGUGCGAACGCUGCGCAGACGGCUGCAGGAGGAACAGGAGCGCAGCACCAGGCUGGCUGCAGAACUCGAGCACAUACAGGGGGCCAGGUCACGGAUGGAGGAGGGGACUCUCUCAGACUCAGACAGCAGUCCUCAGUGGUGUGGAAUUGCUAUGGCCCAGAAUGCACCUGGUAAUGAGAGUGAAAGCAGCACAUCUUCAGAGCCAGGGGCAACUGUCAAAUCCCUCAUCAAGUCCUUUGACACAGCUGUUAAGAAUGGACCUGCCAGUACAGUGCAGAUACCUACGUCUCCCAGAAGCCCCCUGAGCGGAAUUCCUGUCCGCACUGCUCCUGCGGCUGCUGUCUCACCCAUACAGAGGCCUUCAUGUAUCAAGCCUCUGUCUAAAACCCUGGAAAGAAGAAUCAAUCUUGUGGAUUCCUCUCACUCAGUUGAUGAGUUGAAGCCCUCGUCUCUGAUGAGAAAGAGUCCGUCCCUCGAGUCAGUCAUCAAGACUCCAGCUGCGUUAAGCAGCAGAACAUCCUCAUUCACUUACAGCCGGGCCAACAGUAAGCUCAAUGUGGAAAGAACAGACCCUCUGGCCGCUCUGGCGCGGGAGUAUGGGGGAUCUAAGAGGAACGCUCUACUGAAGUGGUGCCAGAAGAAAACAGAAGGCUAUCCGAACGUUGAUGUGACCAACUUCAGCAGCAGUUGGAGUGACGGUCUGGCUUUCUGUGCACUGCUACACACGUAUCUGCCUGCACACAUCCCUUAUCAAGAGCUCGUCAGCCAGGACAAGGGCCGCAAUCUGACCCUGGCCUUCCAGGCAGCUGAAAGUAUUGGGAUUAAACCCUCUCUGGACAUUGACGAGCUGAUGCACACAGACAGACCAGACUGGCAGAGCGUCAUGCAGUAUGUCUCUCAAAUCUACAAGUACUUUGAGACUUGACCCUUGAAUGAAGGAAUGGCAAAUGGAAGGCACAGAAUCCCACAAGCACUUUCUGCUCAUUUUGUUCCACACACGUACAUCACGAUGUGGUAUACAUACACAUAUAUAUAUAAAAAAAACACUGACAGAGCUGCUUCUGAGCUGCUCUGUAUUUAUUUCAAUUUGCUUGGAGUAGUUAUUGGUUUUCUGCGUAAAAGCACGGUACAGAUAUUACUGUUAUACUGUUUACAGAGAAUGGAUUAUUAUUCAUAGUAUUUUUAAGCAAAGUAUUUUUGAACCUUGCGUUAAUUCCCAGCCAGUUUGCUAGACGCAAACGUUAGCGGACUGUGCGAGGGUUAGUUAUUUUCUCUACCUUGAUUGCCAAGUAUUAAUAUUAAGAAUUCAACUAUUUUUCUGAAAAGUCAAGUAGUGUGUAUAUAGUACAUAUAGAUGUAAUUGAAAUGUGACUCUAGACAGCAGUGAUAUUUAACAAUGACAGCUCCAUCACAUUGUACAGCUCCGUGCCAAAUUUCUCCACACUAACACACACUCUACAUGAAUAUUACAUGGCUUAGAAGGAAAUAAACACGUCUGUGUUCAAACCACGAGUGCAUUUGUGUGCAGAGCAAGAGUUCUUUAUUUCCUGCCUCUCUUAAAAAAAAAAAAAACAAAACAAAAAACACAAGUUUUAUUUAUUGUACCAUUGCUGCAUUUUGUUUGGGUGUCAAUUUUUACUGUUUGAAGGAUUUCAGUUUUGCCUGGUGAGAUGAAUUUAUGGCCAGAUGUUCUCUGUUAAGUGAUCAUAAUAAUAAAAAUGGGGUUCUGGUGAA